CCCGCCCCUCCCCGUCGCCUCCGAGCCAAUGGGAAGGCUCCAUACUGCAGGGUGCGAAGGGGCCGGUGCCGCUGCUGGGUUGCGAGUCGGCGAAAGCGGCGGGAAGUUCGUACUGGGCAGAAGGUGACGGAUCUGCGGCUUAGGUGAAAAUGCCUCGUGUAAAAGCAGCUCAAGCUGGAAGACAGGGCCCUGCAAAGAGACAUCUUGCAGAACAAUUUGCAGUCGGGGAGAUAAUAACUGACAUGGCAAAAAAGGAAUGGAAAGUAGGAUUACCCAUUGGCCAAGGAGGCUUUGGCUGUAUAUAUCUUGCUGAUAAGAAUUCUUCAGAGUCAGUUGGCAGUGAUGCACCUUGUGUUGUAAAAGUGGAACCCAGUGACAAUGGACCUCUUUUUACUGAAUUAAAGUUCUACCAACGAGCUGCAAAACCGGAGCAAAUUCAGAAAUGGAUUCGUACCCGUAAGCUGAAGUACCUGGGUGUUCCUAAGUAUUGGGGGUCUGGUCUACAUGACAAAAAUGGAAAAAGUUAUAGGUUUAUGAUAAUGGAUCGCUUUGGGAGUGACCUUCAGAAAAUAUAUGAAGCAAAUGCCAAAAGGUUUUCUCGGAAAACUGUCUUGCAGCUAAGCUUAAGAAUUCUGGAUAUUCUGGAAUAUAUUCACGAGCAUGAGUAUGUGCAUGGAGAUAUCAAGGCCUCAAAUCUUCUUCUGAACUACAAGAAUCCUGACCAGGUGUACUUGGUAGAUUAUGGCCUUGCUUAUCGGUACUGCCCAGAAGGAGUUCAUAAAGAAUACAGAGAAGACCCCAAAAGAUGUCAUGAUGGCACUAUUGAAUUCACGAGCAUCGAUGCACACAAUGGCGUGGCCCCAUCAAGACGUGGUGAUUUGGAAAUACUUGGUUAUUGCAUGAUCCAAUGGCUUACUGGCCAUCUUCCUUGGGAGGAUAAUUUGAAAGAUCCUAAAUAUGUUAGAGAUUCCAAAAUUAGAUAUAGAGAAAAUAUUGCAAGUUUGAUGGACAAAUGUUUUCCUGAGAAAAACAAACCAGGUGAAAUUGCCAAAUACAUGGAAACAGUGAAAUUACUAGACUACACUGAAAAACCUCUUUAUCAAAAUUUACGUGAUAUUCUUUUGCAAGGACUAAAAGCUAUAGGAAGUAAGGAUGAUGGAAAAUUGGACCUCAGUGUUGUGGAGAAUGGAGGUUUGAAAGCAAAAACAAUAACAAAGAAGCGAAAGAAAGAAAUUGAAGAAAGCCAGCAAUCUGGUGUUGAAGAUAUGGAAUGGUCAGACACACAGACAGAAGAGGCCAUACAGACCCGUUCAAGAACCAGAAGGAGAGUCCAGAAGUAAUUCGGAUGCUGUGAACCAGCUUUCCUUCUCUUUGUUUUCUUUUGACUUUUUUCUCCUUUUCUAUUUGAAGUGUUUUAUUUUCAUGUGAGUCUUGUGAGGUGGAGGUAAUAAUUAAAUACUCAUGUGUUCAGAAAACAAACUUUUUUAAUAAAAAUAAAUAUUUUGUACAAUUCAUUAAAGGCUAAUUUAUGAAAUUUCAAAAUCUUCAGAUUAUACUCCUUAAGUUAUUCCGAAGCCAUGUGUUUAUGAUGUUUUGGAGUACAUAUAUAUGAAAAUUAUUAUGACAUGCACUUUUCUAAUCAUUGUACAUUUCUCAGAGUGGAUAAAAAUGUUUGACAGAGUCCUCACUUUUUAGGAAAUGCAAAGCUUAAAAUAAAAAUCUCUUUUGUUAGAUACAAAUGCAC